AUGGCCCCCCAUGCCACUGCCGCCGCCGCCUCCAUUGGUGGGAAGGUGGAGAAAGCCACCGAUCGCUUCCACGUGAUGGAUUUCCACCACGUCGAGUUUUGGUGCGCCGAUGCCGCCCUCGCCGCCGCACGGUUCUCCUUCGGGCUCGGCGUGCCACUCGCCGCUCAGUCCGACCUCUCCACGGGGAACACCGCGCACGCCUCACGCCUACUACGCGCACGCUCGGGCUCUCUCUCCUUCCUCUUCACCGCGCCGUACGCGCCGCACGUCGCCGACUCGGCAACCACCGCGUCCCUGCCGUCCUUCUCGGCGGACGCCGCGCGGCGCUUCACGGGCACCCACGGCGGCCUGGCCGUGCGUGCCGUGGCCGUCCGCGUCGCCGACGCGGCCGAGGCCUUCGUCGCGAGCGUGGACGCCGGAGCGCGGCCAGCCUGCGCCCCGACUGACCUCGGCCACGGGUUUGGCUUCGCGGAGGUGGAGCUAGCCGGGGACAGCGUUCUCCGCUUCGUGAGCUACCCGGACGGCACCAACGUGUCCUUCCUGCCGGGGUUCCAGGACGUGGCGAGCGCCGGCGGGGCGCCGGACUUCGGGCUCACCCGGUUUGACCACGUCGACGUUAACAUCCCGGAGCUGGCACCCGUCGCCGCCAAUGUUGCCGGCUUCACCGGGUUCCACAAAUUCUGGGAGUUCACCGCGGACGACGUGUGCCCGGAAGAGAGCGGGGUGAACGGCGUGGUGAUCGCCAACAACUCAGAGAACGUGCUGCUCAGUAUCUUGGAGCCGGUGUUCGGCACCAAGCUGCGGAGCCAUGUCGAGACGUUCCUGGACCACCACGGUGGCCCGGGCAUACAGCACCUGGCAAUGACCAGCCACGACAUCCUUGGCGCGCUCAGGAAAAUCCGAGCUCGGUCCUCCAUGGGCGGGUUUGAGCUCCUGCCGCCGCCGCCGGCCAGCUACUAUGACGGUGUAAGGCAGCGCGCCGGGGACGUGCUGUCGGAAGAACAGAUCAAGGAGUGCCAAGAGCUGGGCGUGCGGGUGGACAGAGGGUAUGAUGACGGAGUUGUGCUCCAAGUCUUCACCAAACCGGCGGGAGACAGGCCAACCUUACUGUUAGAGUUUAUCCAAAGAAUCGGGUGCAUGGUCAAGGACGAGAACCAGCAGGAAUACCAGAGAGGUGGAUGUGGCGGGUUUGCCAAAGGGAACGUUUCUGAACUCAUCAAGGACAUUGAGGACAAUAAUAAUAAGACUAUCGAUGCUCUCGCAAGUCAGGCUUGA